UUGGACUCUGGCGGAUUUUAUUCCUUUGGGUUGUUUGACUUUGAAUUUUGAACAACUGGUAUGUUUAAUUUUUUUUUCUUUUUUUUUUUCUUUUGUUGGGUGGGCUUCCAAUCAACCUGGUUUUUUUUUAUGUUUUGUUUUUCAGAUCAGAUUUAGUUAUCAAGCACAUUCAACAUGGCUCUAGACCAGUCCACUCUAUCACUUGCAGCUGCUUUGGCCGGCUCCGACAAUGAAGAUGCCCAACUCGCUGAUCUUGCCGCUGAUCUUGCCAGCCAAGUCGACCCCGUCGGACCAACUUCGGCUCAGAAAACCAAACGCCGCCCUCGAGCUCGUUCUGCAAGUACACAAUACGCCUCAACCGAUGGUCCAUGUGACGGUGACGAUGACGGUCACAAGAAAAACAAAAACGGUCCGUCAGCGACUCAGUCGGCUGGGAAAGAAGUCAAGUUGGAGGAGCUCCAAGAAUUGGAGAAAGAAUUGAUGGAAACUAAGGAACGGAUGACUCGCAUUCAAGAGCGCAUCAAGAAAACGACCGGUUUCGCGCCCAAGCGGGAGGAGUUUGCUUUCUCCCAAGUCACCGAGGCUUUGGAUCUCCGCUUGAAAGUUUUCAAGGUCAAGAUCGAAGAGGGUGUAUCGGCGAAUCAAGAGGUGAUUGUGUUGGAUGAUGAAGAAGAAGACCCCGAGCCGAUCAGACUCCCGUCCUUCAAAAAGAAUAAGCGACCCGCCCCCAAUCCCGAACCUUCCAACGCCGUCACCAAGAAAUCAAAGACUCGGAUCGCUGGCUCUUCGGACGAUGAGCACGAGGACGAGAACGAAAAUGACAAUCAGGAUCGCGAUGUGGAUCAGUCCGGCCGUCAAAAAGAGAAGGGAAAAGGGAAGGAGGUGGUGACAGGUGACAAUCUGCCAGAGAAGGUCAAGGGUGUGGUUGGACUUAUGCAUAAGUGGGAGCCUGCCUCUGCUUGUAUCUUGGUUAAAACAGGUAGUCCCUCGUUAAAGUUAUUCUUCCGCAACACACUCGGGAACCUUACUAAGAACGGUGGCAACAGCGGUCGUGCCGGUCAUGAACUCGGGGUGAUUGCCGACAACAUCAUCAGCAACUUUCUUGACUUCCUGCCGUCGACUGAGCCCUACUGGCCAAAGGAUCAACCCAACAUCCGCAACAACAUCUCAAGCCAGCUUAUCAACUUUUCAAGAUCAGCUCCCUUCUCUGUGUUCCUCCGAUCGGCCCCUGCUCUGAUGCAGGUCACUCACCCGGAUCCUUUUUGGAACCCGAACGUGGUCGACUUCAACAAGAUUUACGAGGCCGCUCAAGAGGAGGACGAGUCGCCCAAUGGAAGUUGGACUUCAGUGCUCGCCAUGUUCACUCGCGCCGAAAAAGAUAAUACGAUCACGUAUACCGAGCACAAGUACCGACAGAAGCAGGUCACCACGGCGUUUACUCGGUUGGAUCAAAUUAUCCGAGAUGCUGUCAGUGCUGUCGGGAGCCAAGCCGAUCCCCCCACCGCCACCUCAACCGACGGCUCACAACUCGAGGGCGUCCGAAAAGUGUCGUGCUUUAUCUUCAACAAGGUCACCAGUUACGGCGGUGCGGCUGACCCCAAGGAUGAAGCCAAGAGGCAAUCAAAUGUCGGAACGAACGAGGAACCACUGAAUGAUUUUAUUCUCCGUCGGAUCCACGAGUUGCUUUUGGCUUUGUCCAUAGCCAACGAGUCAACUGCGAUCGAAAAAAUAGAGAAGGAAUAUAAGGAAGCGGGCACCCUCAGCCGCAAUCAGAUCAAGAAAAUCAAGGGCGAGCUUCAAGCAACGGCUAUCUUUCGUCACGGCCCCCCAAAUUCCACGACUAAAAACUGGGCUCUCGCACGUCGCACCAGCUUUGCUGCAUUGGCCGGUUUCAUGUGCUAUGGCGUGGCUGGCUGGAUGCUCAGUCAGACUAAUAAUCGAAAGUAUACGAUGGCCGACACCUACGGACUCUUAACCUUGGGCGAUCAGCGGCUCAGGACCAUCAAAGAAUUCGAGCCAACCCUAACUCACCCUCAUCCUUUGGCUGGCGGCUCUUGGAGACGUCUCAACUGCCAUAUCUACAAGGUCCUUCACCAGUCAAACAUUAAGAGGGGGACUUCAGCUGAUUGGAUUGCAGCGGCUGAUCGUUGGCGCGUGGAAUUUUCUCCGGCAAAGGUUGGCGAACUCGUAUUGGCCGACAUAAUUCAAGAACUCCAGAGGCCGACCUACUCAAUUACUUCAAAAGGUGGUCCAGCUCUACAUCCGGUUCUUCCGGUUUCAGCCAACGACACUCACGAUGGCCUCCUCAAGAUCUUGGAGGACCAGCUUCCUAACCUCAUGACGCGCUCAGACUAUGAAGCCCCCCCCGGCCAGGACGAGGACGAGGAAAUGGAGGAAGGGGGAGAUGUGGAAUUCGAUGAUGUAGUGCCGGGAGAUUCUUAG